GACAUUAUUUUGUAAUUAACAGCUUCUUUGUGAAUUUAAUUAGGAAACAGAAUCGGCUCAAAAAUAAAUUUCAAGGACGUCAUGUGAUAAAAAAUAAGCGUCGAGCGAACCAGGAACUGAAUGAACAUACUACAAGGGAAGCGUUUAGCCACAGUUUGGGAGUUUGCGUGCCAACGAACAACGAAACAACAACGAAACUGAAAGAAAUGAAUGCAUGCAUGUCAUUUUUAACAUGUAGGGCAGUUUAUGAGUUUGUAGGUAGUGUAUGAAACUCCCGACUGGAAGGCGUGUGACUGAGCGAGGCUCGGUUUUGCUAUAUUAUGCUGGUGUGUUUGAUUUGGUAUGCUUGCAUCGGUGCGUUCGCCUGUCUCCACAAUGUCCCAUCAAUGCCAGCCAGGCGAACUCGAGUGCUCAACGGGCUACAAGAGAAAGGCUCCCUGAAUGUGCUCCUGAUAGUGGUGGAUGACCUGAGACCUAGCCUGGGGUGUUUCGGUGACACAGUCGUGAAGUCUCCGAACAUUGACCAGCUUGCUUCCAAAAGCAAUGUCUUCCACAACGCCUUUGUACAGGUUUGCAAAGGCAAGGAUGGCAAACUGCACGCCAACCUGUUGUGUCCAGUGGACGUGUCAGAAAUGCCAGAAGGCACCUUGCCAGACAUGCAGAGCACAGAGGAGGCAGUCCGCUUACUGAAGGCUGUGAAAGAUGAAAGCCACCCCUUCUUCCUGGCUGUGGGGUAUCACAAACCCCACAUCCCAUUCAGAUAUCCUCAGGAAUUUUUAAAGCUGUACCCCUUGGAAAACAUGACCCUGGCACCUGACCCUGAAAUCCCCAAAGGAAUGCCUACGGUAGCCUACAAUCCAUGGACUGAUAUCAGGAAGAGGGAAGAUGUUCAGACAUUGAAUGUCAGCUUUCCCUAUGGACCGAUCCCUCGGGACUUCCAGCUGCAGAUCCGGCAGAGUUAUUUUGCUGCAGUCUCCUACCUGGACACCCAGGCUGGGCAGCUCCUCAGCGCUCUGGAUGAUUUGGGCUUGGCCAACGAGACGAUUGUGGUGUUCACCUCCGAUCACGGCUGGUCUCUGGGUGAGCAUGGGGAGUGGGCCAAGUACAGUAACUUCGAUGUAGCUUUGCGCGUGCCAUUAAUCAUCUAUGUGCCUGGAACGACUGCUUCCACCCCUAAACCUGGGGACAAGACCUUCCCUUUCCUUGACCCCUUUAGCACACACCAGGGCUUCAGCCUGGGGGACACCUUCGGUGCCAGCGAGCUGAAGAUAAACGCCGAGGCCAUCGCUUACAGCCAGUACCCGAGACCUGCGGACCUGCCCCAGCACGACUCGGACCUGCCUCUCCUCUGAGACAUCCGCGUCAUGGGCUACUCCAUCCGCUCCUGCGACUACCGCUACACCGAGUGGGUGGGCUUCGACCCGGCCACCUUCUGAGCCCACUUCCAGGACGUGCACGCAGGGGAGCUGUACUUCGUAGCACCCGACCCGAACCAGGACAAGAACCUGUACAACAUCACCGAAUACGCCGGCGUGGUGCAGAGGUUCAGGAGCUAUCUGCAAAAAUAAAACCCUAAAGACGACUUUGAACACUUAACAGCCUCCCACAACAGAUGCUUCGUCCAUGUAGAGGCAUCUCAAUUAAAAGACCGCCUGCUUUUUAAAGGGCUCUGUACCACUUUCUCCAUUCCAGGGGAAAGUGAUUGACCUUCCAGUGCCUCAGUUAAUGUUCAAGUAGUUGGGUGAAAAUGACAAUGUGAUGUGGCUCGUACAAGUUAGUUCCCAGCUUGCGAGCCUCUGAAUCACAAUGGGUGGUUUCUGUCCUCCUCUGGAAAGCAAGUUCUAUGAACACGGUCUCAUUCACACUGUUGCAGAGCAGUCGUUUCUAAGCAUAGCCAUGCAUUGUAGGAGUCAUGCUGUUCGUACAGUGCCUAAGAGAUCUCGUAUUAUAUACUUUGGUUGCUUGGAAACAGUGUUUUACUGGAGCAUCUGCUUUGAAAAAGAUCUAUAGUAGAGGCUCUGUGGUGGGAGCAGUGCCCCUGUAUGGUGAUGGGCAGAAUUACUGGAAGAAUAGAUAAAAGGCUGCCUUUCAUCUGUUUCAGAGAAGACAAUAGCACUUUUUCAUUAUAAGAAGUUUGUUCAUUUCUACUAUUGUGUUAACUAUGUACGUGUGUGUUUGUAUUCAUGAAAUUUGUAAAAAAUAAACAUGUGAUUUAGAAGUGUUUUUGUAUAUAUUUAUUAUGUAACUUUUUGUUUUUAGAGAA